AUGGUCGCAGAUUACCUGUCUCAAGGUGUGGACAUGAGUGGCAUUGAGGUUAUAGAGAACAACCUACUGCUGAUCAGCAGAGCGAGGCUGGAGGUGGAGAACCAAGCCAAGAGACUGUUGGAGCAGGGCAUGGAGAUCCAGGUACUAAUGCUGAGAAUUCACACAUCCACAGUGCUGAUCUCUGUCGCCACAAUGUGCAACAUGAUGGUGCUAGAUACUCCUGACUCUUACGACCGGAACAUGAGCUCUUCUAAGAACAUUAAUCUAAUCAGCUUCCAGGUGUCAUUGACAAGUUUCCUGGUUUUGGAGAUGGUGUUGGGCCUGAGCUCAAACUUGACUGUGUUGGUCCUCUACUGUAUGAAACAUAAUCUCAUCAGCUCCGUCUCCAAUAUCAUCACCAUGAACCUGCAUGUGGUGGAUGUGUUGGUGUGUGUCUGCUGCAUCCCAUUAACAGCUGUAGUGGUUCUCCUUCCUCCAGAGGAAGACAAAGCCAUGAUCAGCUGCUUUCAUGAGGCGUUCAUCUCCUUUGCAAGUGUGGCUACUGCUGCUAAUGUCCUGGCUAUCACCGUGGAUCGUUAUGACAUCUCAGUACGGCCAGCAAACCAUGUGCUAACCAUGAGCCGAGCUAUGGCUUUGAUGGGAACCAUUUGGGUCUUAUCCUUCAUCAGUUUUUUGGUUCCAUUCAUUGAAGUAGGCUUCUUCAUUAGUUCUGGUUCAGAUCUUGUGAACCACACUACAGUUGUGACUUUGGCUGACACAAAUGAAUAUUACACAGAACUGGGUUUGUACUAUCACCUACUCGCUCAGAUUCCUAUAUUCUUUUUCACAGCUCUGGUAAUGCUGGUGACUUACUACAAAAUUCUUCAGGCACUCAACAUACGCAUCGGAGCACGAUUUCAACACAACCUGCCUAAAAAGAAACAAAAGAGCAGAAAUACUAUCUCUCUGACCACAGCAACACAAGCUGAGGCAACAGAUGCUUCACAGAGCAGUACAGGGGUCAAAGGAGGUGGAAAUGCACCUUUAGGUAUUCGAGCAUCAGUAUCUGUAAUAAUUGCAUUAAGACGAGCAAUGAAGCGUCAUCGGGAAAGAAGGGAGAGGCAAAAAAGAGUGUUUAGGAUGUCUCUUCUGAUCAUCUCCACUUUUCUCCUCUGUUGGACUCCAAUAACUGUGCUCAACACAAUAAUUCUCAGUACUGGACCCAGUGGGUUGACUUUCCGCCUCCGUUUGGGCUUCCUGGUGAUGGCGUAUGGGACCACAAUCUUUCAUCCACUCCUCUAUGCCUUCACAAGGCAGAAGUUUCAAAAAGUUCUUAAGAGCAAGAUGAAAAAGAGGGUGGAGUCUGUGGUUGAAGCAGAACCAACACCAAAGAAUGUAGUUAUUCGUAACUCAUGGAUCGACCCCAGGAGAAACAAGAAGGUUACCUUCAGUGACACUGAAGCCAGACAGAAAUGUCUGUGCUCACCAGAUGCAGAGUGACAAAUGAAACCAGGUGUAAAUAAGUAUAAAUGGUUCACACAAAAAAAUUAGGGCAAAGAGUCCAAAAGCUGGGUUUGUUCAGAAAUGUUUGUUCAAAUAAAAUGUGGAAGAAUAUACCGUGUGUAAAAGAAGUUUAAACUGAUGUUCGAGUUA